AUGGUAAUGGAAGAGAUAAUGGCCACGGCGAUAUUAUUUCCUUUUUGUAUUGUGUGGACUCCUAUACCUUGUUUGACAUGGAUAUUUCCUUUUAUUGGUCAUAUGGGUAUUGGAACUUCAGUGGGUGUCAUUAAAGAUUUUGCUGGUUCAUAUUAUGUAGGUAGUGAUAAUAUGGCUUUUGGUAAACCCACUAAAUAUUGGCAAUUGGAUCCAUUUAAAGCUUUAGGUGGAGUUGAGGGUUGGGACAAAGCAAUCAACGAAGCAAGUGAGAUUUACAAAGAAAAAAUGCAUAACUUGUGCUGCCAGAAUUGUCAUUCAUUUGUAGCUACAGCUCUUAACAAAGUAAAUUAUAAUAAUUCAAAAUGGAAUAUGGUAAAACUUGCCUUUUUAAUAAUUGUUUGUGGUAAAUAUGUCAAUGUUGCAGCCGCUUUCAAAACUUUACUACCAUUCAUAGUUCUAAUUAAUAUUUUUAUAUUUCUAGUGAUUUUUCUGUAA